CGGCGGAGCGAAGGUGCCGCCGUGCGCGGCCCGCCGGGCGCCGCGGCCUGCGGGCGCCGCUGGUUGGCGGCGGGGGGACACGUGAGCGGGGAGGCGGCGGCAGCGGCGGCGGCAGCAGCGGGAGUUUCCCCGACAGCUGGAGGUUGCGGCGGCGGCUCCUCCUCCCCGGGUCCCCGCUAGAGCCCAGAGACCCCCCGCGCUCCUCCUUAUUGACAAACGCACAAAGGGCCGCGCCGGGGCCGGGCCGGGACGCGUCUGGAGCCGGCAUGGGAGACAAGAAGAGCCCGACCAGGCCGAAGCGGCAGCCGAAACCCUCCUCGGACGAGGGGUACUGGGACUGCAGCGUCUGCACCUUCCGCAACAGCGCCGAGGCCUUCAAGUGCUUGAUGUGCGACGUGAGGAAGGGCACCUCCACACGGAAACCUCGACCUGUCUCACAGCUGGUUGCACAACAGGUUCCUCAGCAAUUUGUGCCCCCUACACAAUCAAAGAAAGAGAAAAAAGACAAAGUAGAAAAGGAAAAAAGUGAAAAGGAAUCAACAAGCAAAAAGAACAGUCAUAAGAAAACCAGGCCAAGGUUGAAAAAUGUGGAUCGAAGUAGUGCUCAGCAUUUGGAAGUUACCGUUGGAGAUCUGACAGUCAUUAUUACAGACUUUAAGGAGAAAACUAAGUCACCACCUGCUUCCAGUGCUGCCUCUGCAGAUCAACACAGUCAGAGUGGUUCUAGCUCUGACAACACAGAGAGAGGAAUGUCCAGGUCAUCCUCACCCAGAGGAGAAGCAUCGUCACUGAAUGGAGAAUCUCAUUAAAGUUUAUUUCCUUCAGUUUCAUUAGUCUCUUCAAAACAUGCAAAUACGUAAGUUCUGUCACCACAUUUUCAUGACAGAUUAGUCAUGCAUAAUUGAUAUGUUGACUGGAACACAAUGCAAUUUAAUAAAAAGAAAGAAACAAAGUGCAGUAAUAGAAACAAUAACAGCAUGAAGCUCAGUCAGGGGAGGUUUAGGUUAGAUACCACAAAAGGUUUCUCACCGAGAGGGUGUCUGGGGACUGGAACAGGCUCCCCAGGGAAGUGGUCACAGCACCAGCCUGACAGAGUUCAAGAAGUAUUUGGACAAUGCUCACAGGUGCAUGGUGUGACUCUUGGGGCUGUUCUGUGCAGGGCCAGAAUUUGGACUCAAUGAUCCUUGUCGGUCCCUUCCAACUCAGCUUAUUUUGUGAUUCUAUAGUAAUUUAAAUGCUAUCUACAAAUGCUUAAGCAUCUUCAGACCAACUUUUUAAUCUACAUGUGUAAGGGUGCCAUGAAAAUGUGGUUUGAAUGUUCAUUAUGCAGUGUUAUCAGUAUGUCCAUUUUCACUUUUAGUUUAGUGAAUUCUAACACAACUCUUGGAAGCUCUACUAUUGGCAUGUACUGAAUUUAAAUUUUUAUAACAUAGUUCAAGCUGCCUAAAUAUGUAUUAUUUGAGAAUUGUGAAACAUAGUUAUAUGUAUGCAAGUCAAAGAUCAACUUAAUUAUUGCUGCAACAGAAUUUUCAUAAUAAUUAUCUUCUUAAAAACACCUGCUGGUACUUGGUGUGGUUAAAUAGGAAAAAUGUUAUUAAAGAAAACAUUUGUAUGGAUUUUUGCCAAUGUUUGACACAUUUUACUAGAUUACUGUUACUGAAUUAUGUUGAUGGUUUUACCAAUUUUUUUUGACACUUAAAACACUUAUUGCAAUGUUUACAAGCAAAAUAGAAAACACAUUCUAAGCAUUGAUUAGUUAACCUUGCAAUUCAGGUGAAGUACUGCAUUGUCGCUGUACACUGGUAUUUUGUGUUGUGUAACAAAUACUGAACCUCAGAUGGUGAUGCAUUUGGCAAAAACUAUUUGGAAUUAUGAAAGUUUGGAAAAGCUUUAAAAAGAACAGAUCUGCAGUUCUCAUUUCUGCUUAGUGCUGUUUCCUUGCCCCAGAUUUUUCUAGUGUCACAUAGUCACUUCUGUCAGUACAGGAAUAUCAGAUGUUGCACAAGAAUAAGGAAAUAAUAAUUCUAUUUUUUUUUUGUUCCUGAAUCAAUUUUUUAAUAUUGAAUUGGCCUGUUAGAAUAUAUUAUGUCAUAAAUCAUUUGAAAAAGACUCAGUAUCCUACUUUAUGGCAUAAGCUGUCAACAUUUACGCACUUAGCAAUAUACUGAUAAAGAGCAGAACUAUUUACAAUACCAUCUGGUAUUAUGUAAAAUUACCAAUAAAAUAUUUUUGUGAAUACAGAUUUUGCAUUUUUGUUUACAACCAAUAAGUGUUUUGAUACAUACAUACAAUUCAUGUAUAGAUUUUAAAUUAUAUAAUCUGGUUCAGUACAAAAGUCCAUUUAGCUCCUUUUAGUGAGGUAGGGCACUUACACUCCCGUGAGCCUUUUCUUUUUCAUUCAAAGUAAAUAUAUUUUUAAGCCUAUGUGGAAGUUGGAUGGACCUUCUUGGUAGUGAAUCCAGCCCCAAAUUAUUACCCACAUAUGAUACGUCUUCUUAACGGCUUAAAAUAAUGGAUUUUUGUAGCCCCUGACAAUUGUGAUGUUUGGUGGUUUCUUGUAGUAAUGUAUUUUUCUGUUUUUAAUGCAGUACUUCUACAGGCACAAUGGUACUGUUCUAUUUUGUAAGAUGCUAGUUGUGAAAUACAGUUAGUUGCAUAAAAUGAGAGUCUGAUGUGAUAUCUGAGAACAUACAUACCUCAUUCCUUGGUGUUGCUGUUUAAACUUUUUAGACAUCAAAUGUUAAUUAUAGGCUGUUUCAGAUGGAUAACUACUGACCUGUUUAUUAUGUAUUCUGCUUUAUCUUACUGAAAAUAGGAUGUCUGUUCAUUGCUGUUACCUGGCCAAAUUUAGUAUCUGUAAAACAUGCUUUUUAAGGUUCUUAAAUGUUUUUGGGGCCGGGCUAGUGUUCAGAAUAACUUACACUAGUUUUUAAAAGAAAAAAUACAUGCUUCUCUACUUUAUUUUUUUAUAUUUUAUUUUUAGGUGGGACUAUUUGCAGGAUAUACUGAUGUAAUGGAUUACAAAAGAGCUGAAACUGUUUAAAGUAAGCAGUUUAGGGUUGUAAAUAUCAUUGCAAGAAGUUUUAUGAAAUGUGUUUAUGAAUGUUUAUGAAAUGUGAUUAUGGAAUUUGAAAUUUAAUGAAUUUUAACACAUUUCAGAAUUCCUUGCAAAAAAAUAGUAAUCUAUUACCAGUAUUUCACUAAAUGGGAAAUAUAUUUUUAUUUAAGUUUAUGUGAAUAAACCACCCAGCAUUGCCAACAAAAGGACGCUAUCUCCAGAAUUAAGUAGCUAUUUGGUUUGAAAGGAGGGAUGGAGUGGAUUUUACUAUGAUUCAACUGUCUCUAGAGAAUAAUCUCAAAAAUGUGGUACAAAUGUGGUUAUCAAAAAUAAUGCAGAAAGUCUCAGUGUUCAUUAUGGAACAAGACAUUGAAGAGCAAUUGCUACUACAGGUGCUAAAGAAGUCAGCUAGGAUCUUAAAAGCUGUGGUGGUUUUAACUGAACAAUUAGGUUGCCAGAGUUUUAUUGCAAUGAUGCUUGUUUUAGCAUUAAGCAAAGUUAAGUUUUUGCCUGUUGGUGAUUAAAAGAAUAUGACAAUACUGACAGCAGAGUAGACAAAUUCUAAGCAAAAUACUGCAUUUGAGUCUGUUCAUAAUAUAAUUUAAAUGAACUUCACUUUCAUAAUUUCUAAAUAAUUUUGACUUGUAGUAAUCCUAAAUCCUUUUUUCUAACUGUAAAUAUAUUUAAUAGCAUCUUUACUCCAUUUAUAAAAAGUGAAAAUUUAAUGUUGUAAUGUGUUCUGAUUAGCUAUUUUUCUCUGUGAUUGCUCUCUGCAUAAGAACUGUUAUUUGUUAAAUCUAUAUAUGCAUCAGUCUUCAACAGCCAUACAUCCUGGGAUGUUCAUGAAAUGGUGGCCCCACAAGGACAAGUGUGAUAGUGUUCCAUGUAAAUGAGUUCCUUUAUGUGCUGAUUGAUUGUCUGGUUUCAGAAAGGAAAAGGGGGGAGAAAUGGGGGAAAAUAAGUAUAAAUAGUUCAUUGAUAAAGUGUACAGUAAUUCAGUCUCUUAUCUUCCUAACUUUGCUAUUAAUUAUAGGUGGUAUAAGAAAAAGAACAAAUAUACAGUUGACUGAUCUCUUUUUUUUCAUGAAUUUAAAUCCACGUAUUGGAGUUAAAAAUUCUUCUACUCAGUAGCAGGUUGAAUUAUACCAUAUAAAAUCUUGAUUCCAACAAAGGAGGUAGUAACAAAUAAAUUACAUUUCAAAAUUUAAAAUUCUUUAUAUUAAGAGUCAAUAAUUAAGAAUAUGACUGAAGUUUUAACCUAUUAUGUGUUUAUCUAGAUAUUUGAUGUUUUGGGGCAUAGAUUGUAAAAUCUCAAAAAUAGUUUGAUUUUAUAAUUUGUGCACUUUACAUUUUUUUUUUUAAUAUUAUGAAUAGCACAUGUUCAAGUAGCCAUGUGAGACAGUACUUUCUAGAAUUUGUUCAAUUGGUUCACUGUAGUGUUUAGGCUGGUCUUCUAAACUUCACAUCUUGCUUCUCAAAUUCUUUACUUCUUUCCUCUCCUGUCUCAAAAGCCUGACAGUUUCCUAUGUUUUGCUGAUUGAUUUUACUUUGUUAACAGGAUUGAUUUGGCAUGGAACUGUCUAUUGUGUACUUUUUAUCCAGGGUUCUUUAACUGUAUCUGUUUGGGGUUUUUUUUUUCUGUGAUAUGCCUUUAUUUGGCUCUUCUUCCUCCUAGGGAGUCUGGGUAUAAUUCAUUCAAAAUCAGAAACUGUAGGGAAAUAGAAAGGCAUUUACAUUUAAUUUCUCCAAAGGCAACAGCAAGUGCUAUACUUGUAAUAAUUUUAGCCUGUGCUUACUCAGGAAUAAGAUAGAAAAAAUAAAAAGUUAAUGCUGGCUUUGGCAAGUGGACCAGUCAGUCAAAUGUGGCAUUUUAAAAAUGCUUACUUCUAUCUCAAUGUUAAGAUUUGGGUGUGCUGGAAACACAGCUUGAGCUUUCAGAGGUUUUCUUAACCUGAAAUUAUGCCCCAGAGCAGUCUGUCAUUUGUCAGAGCAGUCUCCAUUUGAAAGGUUAUAACUUCAAACUAGCAAAAACUGUACAGUAAGAACAGGCAAACUGUGGAAGCUCAGAUGUUUUUUUUUUUUGUGCUGUUAAAGUUUAAAAAGAGGAGAAACUGUUAAAAGAGACUUAGAAGACUUGUCUAAGACCACAAUUAUAUUUAGAUUAGCUUGACAUCUAAAGAAACCAUGUUUUAACAAGAAUUAAGAGGAUUUAACCACUAAUUAAACUUGGAAAAUUGCUUCAUAAGUGAAUUACAAAUCAUGCUCUAUAGAAAUUAUUGUAACUUCCUGUUUAGAGUGGAGUAAAUGGUACAACAGCAAUGGAAAUCUGCAUGCGUGCUGGAAAAUACUAUUAUCCAACAGCAAGUGAUGUUUACAUGACUUUGCUAAGACAUUGUGCCAAAAGAUUGUGAUGUCUGUGAAUGAGGUCUAACUUGUACCAUUCGAUGCAAACAGUGAAAAAAAAUUCAGUGAAAAAACAAAUUAGUUUCAGAUCCUAGAGUCUUAGUAAUGCAGGAGCUUAUUACAGCCUCUAUUUAAGUGUGUUGGUGAAAAUUAAUAAAAACAAACCACCACUGAAUCACUCUGAUGUAUUCAAUCCUAAUCUUGCCCCUUUUAUUAUGGGAGACAGAUAAAAGUCAUCAGAUAGGACUUGCUCUGUCUGCUAAUGGCAGAUUUUAAAAGCAAACAGUUUAAUGUGCACAGGAAGUUUUAGGUGUACUUUUAAGAAGCUAAACAUGGAAGAUAAAGGGCAAAAGCAUAUUCUAUAGAUCUUUAUUAUUAUUAUUAAGAAUAAUUACAAGAGAUUGCUGUCCCAUUUGGGGUUUUGUAAAAGACAAAAUUGUAACCUUAUCUAAUAGCUCUUUGUUCCAUAUGCUGAAAAAGAAAAUCACCCCCCAAAAAUACUGUUCAGUAACAGUAGUCUAAAAAGUAGUUCUAAAAUUUUAAUUUUCUAGAAAGUAUGGCAUAUCUUGGCAGAUGGAGGACUGUUUGAGCAGGACUAUGCUUUCAGGAUCUAGGCCACCUGGAGAAGUGUAGUCUUGGUUACACUGUUUCCUGUCAUGGUUUAACCCCAGCUGGCAAGUAAGUACAGUGACUGGAGCAGACAACAAACACCAUCCCUCCAAACAUUCUCUUCCUUCUUCUUUCCUCAGCCCUACAUGCUGAGCAGAACACCACAUGGUCUGGGAUAUCCCUGUGGUCAGUUGUGGUCAGCUGUCCCCUCACAAUUCCUUGUGCACCCCCUGCCUCCUCACUGGUGUGACAAUAGAAGAAGCAGAAAAAGCCUUGACUCUGUGUAACCUCUGCUCAGCAACAGCUGAACUAUCUCUGUGUUAUCAACAGUGUUUCCAGCACAAAUGUAAAACAGCCCCAUGCCAGCUACCGUGAAGAAAAUUAACUGUCCCAGCCAAAACCAGCAUAUCUGCGUAUAAAUACUGAUCUUGGUCAAAGCAAAGUGAACAUGCUUCCUCAAGCUUUUAAGACAUGCAGCUGUAGACCAAUGGAGCUCUAAUUUACAGUGGAGUUACUGAGAAGAUAGCUGAGGAAAGGAGACUAUUAAUGUAUUUUUUUGAUAGCUUGCUAACCACAGGCAUGUAAUUUGCCUCUUCUGUGUGAAGAAGCAAAAGGAUGCAGAAAAAGGAAAUAAAUGUGACCCAGGCUCAUGAAAUGUGGCUCAUGACCCUCUUCCCAAGAUCACUAGAUUCUACAAACUGCAAAUUCUGUUUGGUUCAGUUAGUCCCAGUUAUUUGUCACUAAAGAAGGAUGGAGUUGUUCAAUUACUUUGCAUCUGUUAAGACAAGAGAGAGGUAAGGCCAGUUCUACUUUUUGAAUACUCACUUUGUGAACACAGAGAUCUAAUUUACCAUUUAUAUGCAUCUAAUAUACAGCUGUCAUCCAUGAAUCUAUUUCAAGCUGAUUCUUCUUUGCACAGAAUAAAUAAAAAUGCUUCAGUGACAAGCCCAGUUCCUGAUGGCACAGAUCUCUGAGCAGGAAAGUCUGGCAUCUGACUCAUCAUCUCUUCUGUAACAGUCUUCAGCUGUUAAUUGCCUAGAAUUAAUCUAGGCAAGGGAAAUCUCUUCAGGUUACAUGUAUUAUCAUUACUCCCACCUCUGAAGGAAACACAUUCUGAUUCCUGAUACCUUCUCCUGUCUUUUCUUUUGUUUCUCUUAAAUAUAUUUAUAGUAUAAAUGGAAUGCAGUGAGUUUGAAAUAAUUUAUUAUGCCUGCUUUUUAAAGUGGGGAAAUUGACUGCUGUUCCCAGUUCUUGAACUAUAUUUUGGUUUCUUUAAGAUCAGCAUGGUCAUACAGAAUAAUGGCCUGUGGGAGCUUAGAGGUCAAUAUCAAUUUUGUCACUGUUGCCUUUGUUUCUAUGUAAUUGACUACCUGAAGAGAUUCUUGCUGAGCAAACUUAGUUACACUGAUUAUGUACCAUUCAAGCAUUCUGUCUGAGGUACCUGGCAUUCUAUGAUGCCAAUUAUCUGUAUUUCUGAAAAUGGUAUCAUUCUAUGCUGGGAGGCUUCCAAAUGUGGCAAAAUAAGCAAAAUUCUUUCCAGCUGAUGGAGGCAAAUAUUGCCAAGUAAAAUGCUUUUAGUUCCCACUGGAGAAGGAGAUCUGAGGAGCAUGCACAGAUACUGAGUGCUUUCUCUGCUUUCCUACGGAAAUCCCAAGUAGGAAACUUCUGUUUCUAAAAUGUCAGACACGUUCAAAAACCCCCCGUCCAACAAAAAAAAAACCCACAAACAACAGUGUAAUAAGGAGGGGGGAAGGAAGAAAAAAGAAAACGUAUUUUCAGAAUAAUCCCUAGAAAAGCCAUAUAAUGGCUUCUUUGUCUUUUUUGUCUGUUUAGUGUUCCUAUCUAUGUACUGUAUUGGAAGUAGGCAACACACACUUCUUAGAGGUAUGUCUUGCUUUAUAACUCUUGAUGGCUGUUGGUUGAAUGACAUUUGGCCUAAAGAUGUAAGGUUUUGUGAAUUAAAUAGUAAAUACCAUGAAUAUUUCACUCUUGCAUACAAGUUAUUUAUUGAAAGGGUGGAAGUUUAGAUGUAAGAGUUAGGAACAAAAUUAAUUCCUGUCAUACAAUUAGCUACUACACAAUUUUAAAGGGUCUAAUUCCUGGACUGCUAAGAAAAGGAUGGCUUUAUGUUGCAAGGGUGAUAUGAACCUAGACUAGAAUGGAUGUGGCUUCUGAAGAGUUUUGUGGCCAGUAAUUCAUACGGCUGUUUUCAGUGAUUAUUCCACACCUUAACCUGUUAACCUUGAAGUGUUGUUAGAGCAUCCUCACAAACAAAUCAAAACUACCAACAGUACUGUCAGAUGCUCUUAAAAUUUACUAAGUGCCUUACACAGAGCAUCACUGAGGCAAUGAUUCAUUGCAAGGAAGUUUGGUAAAAUAUUUACUCCUCUGGUUGAAGUCACAGGUUGUUGGUUGUAACCAAGGUUAUGUUCCUGGUUAUACAUAUUAGAAUCUUACAUUUUAUUGCUGAUAUGAGUACCUGAUAAAAAAUAGUCCAGAAAUUUUUGAGGCUUUUAAUUUGUAAAACACCCAUUGUUUGGAGGAGAUUUUUUUCUUCUAGCCAAUUGUGAUGGUCUACUGGAAUAUCACAGAAGUGAAUAAAACUUGAGUAUUUCUGGAUGCUUUCACAUUUCUCAGUUUCUCAGUCAAGGACAGUAUUAUUACCUUUCUUGAGAAGGGGUACCUAAAUUGGUUUUGUUCAUAGGGAUUAUGUUUAUCCAACUAGUUUUUUAAGGAUUUUAUUAUUAGAAAAAGGGCUUGUUAUUUUGAAAACAAAAAUCUUACCUGCCAGGUGUCUUCCCCAAAAUGAGUAAGUGCCUUUUCUGUUCUGACUCUUAGAAGUAUUUACUUUGUCAGAUUGAAUCUGAAUGUCCUGGAUAAACCAACUAUUAAGUACCAAGUGUUACCAAUGGCUUGAAAUCCUUUCACUGAAACAAGAAGAGACAGAUUGUAAGCCACUUGAAUUGUUUUGAGACCUGAUGUUAUCAGAAGUUUUAUAACUGCUACGAAUAGUAUACUUCUAAGAACAAUGUAACUUUUCAGGAACUUGAUAUUGAUAGGAAAUAAAUAUUUAUUAGAAGGAGUAUAUUAAAUAAAUAUUUAUUUACCAAUUUGAGUAAGAGAAAAUGUUACACCAUGGGGGCAACAGUCUUGCUGUUAGCAGUCCUGACUACUUAAUGGAAAGUAAAACUGAGGCCCUGGACACUAACUAUAAAAAAAGGGGUAGUAUUUGGUGAGAAAUUGGGACUGUGAAUUUUGUGUCCACAUUCUAAUAAAGUAAUUUUUCCUACCUAAGUGUUUACCAAUUCUCAAGCAGAAAAGAAAGCAUGAGCAGAUAUCAGUAAGAGGCCCUCUGGUUUAAUUGGUGCUGCUUCCUAUCUCUGGUGGAUUUUUUUUAAUUUUUUUUAAACUUUGCUCAGGACUGGUACAGCUGAAAGUAUAUUUUCCCUUCAUUCUUAAGCCUAGACUUUGAAUGGAGUUUCUCUGAGACACUUUUGUAGUGAAAUCGUAUUCCCUACAAACAUUGAAGACAAAAAUAAACAUCUCUGUGAAUGAAA